AUGGCAACACAAAUGCAAACAGACACUCCAACAAGUUUCCAAGACAGCAUCAGUUCAAACAUAGAUUGGUCUAACCGAUGGACCCACAUAAAUAAAGUUUUGAACCGUCGUGGACCCUUUUGCGACGAAAGCUUUGCUCCUGGUCAAGGAAAAAAUAGUUUAGACACUUGCAAGAUUCUGGUAAUUGGUGCUGGCGGCCUGGGCUGUGAAAUACUGAAAAAUCUUGCACUCUCGGGGUUCAAAAAUAUUCACGUAAUCGAUAUGGAUACAAUUGAUGUGUCAAAUUUAAAUCGACAAUUUUUAUUUAGACCUUCUGAUGUUGGACGUCCGAAGGCUAUUGUUGCGGCUGAGUUUGUGAUGAAGCGAGUCGCCGGUGUAACAGUAACUCCUUAUCAUGGCAAAAUUCAGGACAAAGAUGCAGACUAUUACUCGCAAUUCCAAAUUGUGAUAUGUGGACUGGACUCUGUGGAAGCAAGACGCUGGAUGAAUGCUACUAUAGUUGAAAUCUCACGAGAAAAUGAAGAGGUAAUACCGUUAAUUGAUGGAGGCACUGAAGGCUUCAAGGGUCAAGCGCGUGUUAUCAUCCCAACACUUACUUCAUGUUACGAGUGCUCACUUGACAUGUUAAAUAAACCGACUACUUUUCCGAUUUGUACAAUCGCAAAUACACCGCGUCUGCCGGAACAUUGUAUCGAAUGGGCGUAUGUUUUAGAAUGGCCAAAAGCAUUUCCAGAGCAGAAGCUCGAUACUGAUGAACCGCAGCAUAUUCAAUGGGUGUAUGAAACCGCCAAUACAAGAGCAAAGCAGUUCAAUAUAACGGGUGUUACAUAUACUCUCACGCAGGGUGUUGUCAAGAAUAUUAUUCCGGCUAUUGCUUCAACAAAUGCUAUAGUUGCCGCUGCAUGUUGUAAUGAAGCAUUCAAACUUGCCACCACCACUGCACCAUAUCUAAACAAUUACAUGAUGUACACCGGUAACGAGGGUAUCUACACAUACACUUUCGAACACCAAAAGAAACCCGAAUGUCCUGUCUGUUCCGACGAGAACAAUCCAGUUUCUGUGGAGGUGAAAAAAAAUAUGACGUUAGAAGAGUUUAUUGAUUGGCUAAAAGAAAAACCUGAUGCUCAACUCAAGAAACCGAGCCUAUCGACAGCUUCAAAGAAACUAUAUCUACAAGCUCCACCAUUUUUGGAAAAGAGCACACGGCCGAAUCUUGAAAAGAAACUACGAGAUUUAGUCGAAGAAGGGGAAGAGAUUGUUAUCACCGAUACAACAUUACCUUUCUCACUAAGAUUGCUUGUUAAUUAUUUGUAG